AUGCGUGCCAGGAAUCGCUACUCGCUGUUCGCUUGUACCAGACCUCAGGAGACCUGGUAUACAGAGACACCGCAUAUCAUUGACAUCCGCCAGCAGUUAAACGAUCAGCUGAAAUGCCUGGAAGUCAAACUGGAAACAGAGGUGUCCAUUGUGACCGAGCUGCAGGAGUUCUUCAGGCGCCGAGCAGAACUGGAGCAAGAGUACGCGCGGAACCUGGACAAACUGGUCAGAAAUAUGAUCACCAGGCAUCGGGCGGAGAAAAACAGAAGUGAGCAGGAACAAUGGGCAACUAUGUCGACGUACGCCUGUUGGAAGCUUCUGGUGGGAAUCACACGGAAACAGAGCCAAGACCAUCAGACUAUGGCAGAAAUAUACAGCAACCAAAUGGUCAGCAGACUGGCAGAGGUCAUUGACAACUCACAGCGAAUCUUCCGCAAGUGCCGAGAUAUUGGAGCAGAGUCUCAUGAAGAUAUCAUGAAGGUUUUAAAUGAGCUGCAAAGUGCAAUGAAGACCUACCAUUUGUACCAGAACGAGAGUAAACAAGCGGAGCUGAAACUCAGAAACGUGGAGUCACAGAAACAGAAGGUGGAGCAGCAGUUGUCCAGCAAGAACACGACCAGUCGUAAACUCAAGGGACUGGAGAGGCAAGCUGAGAAGAAACAACAGAAGUAUGCAGACAACAAGGUGAAAGCUCUGAAGGCACGCAACGACUACUUGCUGUCUAUAGAUGCUGCUAAUGCAGCCAUUAACAAAUACUUCUCUGAUGACAUUUCUGAUCUCAUGGACUGCAUGGACUUUGGAUACCAUCACUCAGUUGGACGAGUCAUGAUGAUGUAUCUGGGCAUUCAUGAGCACCAGAAGAUGACCCACGUCAAGUCGAUAGAGCAGCUGAACAAGUGUAUUACUGACCUAGAUUCCAGAGCAGACAAACAGAAGUUUAUGGAGCUGAACAACAUUUACUUUAUGCUGCCCAAGAAGUUUGACUACCAACCCUUCAAAGGAGAUGAGGUCUGCCAGAUCAGUGCUCAGAAGGAAGUACAGGAGGAUUUAAUACAACGGCAUGCCACAAUAGAGGACAGGUUGAAUAGUCUUAAAGCUGAAAAUGAUGAGAUCUGGAAGACUCUGGAGACAACAGAGAGGACACUUGUUGAUACGGUUCAAGUGAAAGAUUACGACGUGACCAAAUUUUUUGCAGAUGAGUCAGCACCACCCAGAUCCCCACAAGAAAUGUUAAAGCACAAGGCGGAGCGGCUAGAGACGGAGUCCUACUACUUAGAGAAAUUCCGUGAGUACACCCUCAGUUGCAACAGACUCGCUAGACUGCAGUCCAAAAAUGCAGCCAUACAGAAAGCUCUGGGAGAGAACCAAGAUGAUGUACCAACAAGGCCCCCUAUGCCUCCUCCUAAACCAAAGAAAAGGCGAAUUGGACAUCAUCCUCCUGUUGGACAACCAAAACUCUUUACAGGAAGUCUGGAAGAAUACAUAGAGGCAACAGGUCAAGAAAUUCCACUUGUGAUUAAAAGCUGUAUACGAGUUAUUAAUCUCUAUGGUCUCCACCACCAAGGUGUGUUCAGAGUUUCAGGAGCGCAGGUGGAAAUCAGCCAGUUCAAGAACAUAUUUGAGUCCGGGGAAGAUGCUUUAGCUGACGUCAUGGAUGCCAGUGACAUCAAUUCUGUUGCAGGGGUCCUCAAAUUAUACUUCAGGGAGCUGAGAGAACCACUGUUUCCUUUGCAUCUGUUUGAUGCACUAGUAGAGUGCGCAAGGGAGAAGGAGAUGCCAAAACGAGUUCAGAGGAUCAAGGAUUUGUUGUCUAGUAUAAAUAGGCCAAUUUGGAUAGUAAUGAGAUACCUGUUUGCCUUCCUCAACCAUUUGACAGAGUACAGCGAUGAGAACAUGAUGGAUCCCUACAAUCUGGCAAUCUGCUUUGGACCAACUCUGCUGCCGAUACCACCUGACCGAGACCAGGUGACAUUCCAGUCAAGUGUCAACGAGAUAAUCAAAAUCAUUAUUGUUCAUCAAGAGGAGAUCUUCCCAAAUGAUGGAGGAGAAAUCUAUGAGAAAAUGCUGCUUGACAGACGUGACAGUGUUGAUGCAAUAGAUGAAGAUGAUGAAGAGACCAGCUCGUUACCAAGUGAUGAAGAAGAGUCUGUAUAUGAACCAGAUGUAUUUGAAGCUACUGCGGUGUUUGACUUUGAAGCUCGCUCACCUCGGGAGCUGACCUUCCGACGUGGAGAUACACUAGUGCUGUACAAUCAAAUGUCAUCUGAUUGGUGGGAGGGUUGCUUCCGGGGCAAGGAGGGACUGAUCCCGGACAAGUAUAUCAGUAUUGCAGAUUCCAACAAGGUCCUGGAGCAGAAAGGAAGGACAGAUGUACAUGAUUUUGUCCAUAGUAUUAUAUCAGCAGAUACUACACCUGAGGAUUUAAGUGUAGACAUUGACACUGCAUUAGAGGAAGUCAUGGCAGGACUGAAGUCUUUGGAGAUGCAGCAGCAGCUGGAUAAAAGAAUGUCCCUUCCUGCUGUCAAGGUCAAACAAACUCCCAAACACACUCCAGAUUUAGUGUUAGAUCUUCCUGAUGGAGACAUGACCAGUUCAUGUACAGACUCCAUUGAGCAGAACAGUCCUACCAUCAGUGCUGCUGAAAACUUUGCUAAAUCAAACCAAGGGACACUGAAGAAGGCCAGGGCACCACCUCUGGGGCGGCAAGACCCCACUAAUAGGUUGAGUAUAUCUUCAGAACCUGGGGAUUUAGCACGAUCUAAAGAACCAUUUGAGAAAGGGAUGGAUACGAUCUCUAAGCAGGUACCUCUGUCAACUUUCUCAUUAAAGAGAGCACAAAGUGUCGUGCAGAGCCGAGAAAAAUUCAUGGAGUCCUGCUACAGAACUGAGCCUCCCUCAGCCUCAUCAUCAUCAAUUUCAGCAUCCACCCCGAUUACAUCCUGUGAUGCUCCCACAUUUACUUCUACUCCCAGUUUCACUCCAUCUCCUCCACUGCCAGCUUCUUUUUCUUCUUUAACCUCAGGACCUCCUCCAGUGGCGCAGAAGCCCAAGCCACCCAUGAAAGUGAAGCCCCCAGUAAUGAGAAAACCUGCAUCAAGGCCAGAUGUUUCUAGCUCUCCACCAUUACAGCCACCCCAGUAA